CAUCAACAUCACCUCGGUUCGACGCGACUUGACACUUGUAGCGUCACACACUACCAACGGACGAAGUAGAAAGCGAAAGAGAAGACUUUCUUCACCCACAUCCUCCAGUCGGUCAAGUGUGGAGGCGAAAGAAGGGAAGGGGGCGCAGCUUGGACCAUCAUUAAUCCCUCCUCGUCCUAUUGUUUUCGUCAAUCAACCAACUAUCAUCCUCGCAUCAUUUCAUUCAACAUUAUUCAAAACACGUCACGCGUCAUCUUUACUCGUGUUACCCUAAGUACAGUAUCUCACACCUUGGGCGACAAGUGCGAAACGACAAAGGUAUCAUCGACACAUCCCACAUCAUCAACAAAGGCGACACGAGGGGAGUGGGAGGUUAAGGGCGUGCACGGUCUGACAACGGAUCGUAUACAUCUUGUCCCUACUGGCACCUCGAACAGACAUCCAUUCAUCCACUGUCACCGAAUAACAACAGCGAGAUAGAUAUCAACGGGAUCCACCGAACCGACCGUUCCCUUGUCACGACCGACGGCAUAGAUAACGCCUCCACAUCAGCAUCCCUUCACGACUCCACGUCGAUAAGACUUUUUGUGCGCUCACAUCGACCAGACAGACAUAUAGCAUCUUUCCGAAUCACUACAUACCCACAUGACAUCUCCAACGUCCUCUAUCCCCUCACCCAUCUCAUCCGGUGCUCAUCAUCAGCACAACUUUGCAUUCUCCAUAAUGGCAUUGCAACAACCUCCACGAGCCCCAUCCGCGGCAUCCGGUAUAUCUGGCAUGUCGGGUCUGUCCAAGGGUCCCAGUAGCGGCAGUGACAGUCUUGGUUCCCCCGAUGACCCCUCUCACUACCAACACGCACCCCAUGCAUCCUUGUCAAUGCAUCCAGGAGUCGGCGUACCCAUUCCGAAUGCCGAUCCGUCCGCCUUUUUACCACCGGUCACAUCAUCCCCUCCCCCUCAAACACCCUCGUACAUUCCACCUCCUCAACACGCCAUGGCGCCUGAUCCUAUUCACUCUAUGCCUUCUUGGCCUCCCGAACCUUGGCGAGCUGGUCCUUCCCAGUUUCCUCCUCGUUCGGCAUACAGACAGAGCGUACCCAACGGUCACAUGCAACAUAACAUCCCUGCCAAUCUCGAUAGCUCUUAUCCUCGCUCAAUGAGUAUUGCUGGCACAGGGGUGGGCAUGGGUGGAGUGGGUUUGCAACACCCAGCGAUGCAGGCGGUGAUGAUGAAUGGGAACAGACCAGGAUCUGCACAGGGCAGACGGCGACGAGAGAGGGAGGAUGAACGCGAAAGAGAAAGGGAUGAAGACGAGGUCAUAUCUACCAUAUUUGUUGUUGGUUUUCCGGAUGACAUGCAGGAAAGAGAGUUCGCGAACUUAUUCACCUUCGCUCCUGGCUUCGAAGCAGCUACCUUGAAAUUCCCAUCUGGCCAGAGACAUCGAGAACCCACUGCUGCUUUACUCGCCGAGCUCCAACACCUAGCAGCUUUGCAACAGGAACACGGAGAAGGAAAUCAGCCGGGAUUGGAAGACGCCAUCGCCGCUCUGCAGCUUUCAGCCACAGCAUCGACGUCCGCUUCGACCACACCUUCAGCGGCCAUCUCGUUGACUCCCUCGGCACCAUCCAAUCCCAUGCUUGGCGGCGGAGGUCCAACGUUACCAUCUAUUCCUCCUCGUAGGCAGACUAUCGGAUUUGCCAGGUUUAGAAGUCGUGCCGACGCUUUGUCCGCUAAAGAACAUUUACAGGGUCGCAGGAUAGACGUUUUGACUGGUGCCACUUUGAAAGCGGAAAUGGCCAAAAAGAAUCUUCACACCAAAAGGAAUGCGACUAACGAAGAGUUUCUCGGGUUACUACUUCGUUCCGGUCGGUUGGCAGGAUUGGUCCACCCGGGAAUUUCUGGCUCCAAUCCUGGACUUUCCAUCAAUGGUCAAGGCAACUCGUCUGCUUCUCAAUCCGCUAAAGAAGCUUGGGAUUCGUUCGGUAGUGAAAGACAAUCUCAGAAUAUCUUAUCACAAUCCGACCCGACUCGAUCCACCGUUCAACCCUCAUCCGUUUCCAGUCCUCUGAAUUCUUUCCCGCCUUAUCAUCCCGGUUCUUCAAUGAUCAAUCCCUCUACUUCUCCGCCGUUGUCCGCUAAGUCACCCACGACAAGACCGAGCAACUCGAAGGCUCUGUUGGCGUUGGCGGAGGAGGAAGACGAGCUCGAAGGUUGGAGCGUGGGAAUGGGCGUCGGGACGGUAGGCAUGGUGAGUGGGUAUGUGCCUCGCAGGGCGGAACGUCUGGAAAUACUGGACAGACCAGGGGCAGCGGGACAACCAACGGUAGUGGGGAUGGGUUAUCAGAGUCACACGGCUUUUCAAGGGUUUGGGAGUAGUCCUCCUGGAGGAAGUGACCAUUUGAGUGAGACGAGGAGUUUGGGAGCUUUAUCAAAUACAAAUCCUGCGGAUCAGAAUCCUCCUAUCAACACGCUUUACGUAGGCAACCUCCCGGCCAUCUCGCCCCCUACUCAUCCCCCCAAUUUCCUCGAAGAAGCUCUGCGAGGACUUUUCAGUCGGUCUGCGGGGUUCAAGCGAAUGUCCUUCCGACAGAAAAUCAACGGACCCAUGUGUUUUGUAGAAUUUGAGGACAUACCUUACGCCGCACAGGCCAUCCAAGAGCUCUACGGGCACACACUGGGCGGGUUGGUCAAAGGUGGUAUCAGAUUAUCAUAUUCUAAAAACUCUUUGGGUCAACGUGGUUCUUCCCAUCAAACCAUCACACCACCUGUAUUUGGUGGUAUCGCUCAAGCUGUCGCCAUGGCACAUCUCAAUACUACUUCUCCAAAUCAAUAUGGCUCAGCACCCAUCCCGAUGCCUCAAUCAGAAAAUAGAGACGAUCCUAGUCUUAUGGGUACAUCUCUGUCACCUACCGCAGCCCCUUUCAUGGCUAUGUCACCCAGGUCGAGAUAUUUUGAUUCUUCCGUUUUUUCAAGUUCUUCCGUUCCUUCUUCUUCUCCUAAUGCUCCGAAUGUAAAUUCCAACAAUACGAACAGUUCGAAUGGUAGAGAUUCAUUCUCGGCUGGGGUACCUGUGGGAGGAAGCGGACAUGGAAGUGGAAGUGGGACAGGAGGAGGAUAUACAAGUUUUCCUUCUACGACAAAUUCGAAUAUUUCAAACACAACAACAGCGCCUGUGCCAGUUGGUUCACCGAUUCGUACUCCUGCCAGUUUCUCUUGGCUCGGUGGAGGAGCUUAUGGAUUCGGGGAUGGACCUUUUAAUAACCUUACACCUGGAUCUUUGACCGGCGCGGCAAAUGCUUGGACACAAACUCCCAGUGGUCAUUAAUCUAUUCGUCUCCACUCCGUAUUCAUAUAUCCCCUUUCCGUCUCUCUCAUUCACAUACAAUUCAUCUGUCUUCCAAUACACUUGAAUCUUUCUUCGAUACCAAAUAUAUUCGUUUCCUGUCUCCUGUGACAUCCAUCAAUCAUCAUUCGACCCCUUUCGAUGGGUAUCAUCAUGUGAUUCCUCACACUAGAAUACGUAACCAGAACCGUCUCGCUUUUCUCAAUAAUCGAUAACAUUCAUCCGAUUCGUCAUUCAAACCUCAUAGUUUACAAAAUUGUCUUGCUUACCAUUGCUUCAUGCUUCAAUCGCAUACAUACCAUGUCUUACAUCAAUCGAUCGCAUUUUGUUCGUUUUUAUUCUAUUAAAGAUUUACUACACAGUAUCAUUUUUUUUUGUUGGUCUGUUUCCUUUUUUGUGUUUUUAGAUACUUUGGUAUUUGGGGUGCAUGGUAUGCAAAUGUUUUGUCGAGGAAGCUUGCGAUCAAUGCAUUAGAAUCACUGC